CAGAGCCCCCCAGCACGCCUGCAGAUUAGGCUGUUCUAAAAAGCCUGAGCAUCUUGUUACAUUCAGAAACCCGGUCAUCGUCCGUCAUGGCUAGCAUCAUUGCGCGCGUGGGUAACAGCCGGCGACAGAACGCACCCUUGCCGCCUUGGGCCCAUUCUAUGCUAAGGUCCCUGGAGAGAAGUCUUGGUCCUUUAAUGGCCAACAUGGCAGAGAGAAACAUGAAGUUGUUCUCGGGGAGGGUGGUGCCAGCCCAGGGGGAAGAAACCUUUGAAAACUGGCUGACCCAAGUCAGUGGGGUCCUACCAGAUUGGAAUAUGUCUGAGGAGGAAAAGCUCAAGCGCUUGAUGAAAACCCUGAGGGGCCCCGCGCGGGAGGUCAUGCGUUUGCUGCAGGCGGCCAACCCCAAUCUAAGUGUGGCAGAUUUCUUGCACGCCAUGAAAUUGGUGUUUGGGGAGUCUGAAAGCAGUGUGACCGCUCAUGGUAGAUUUUUUAACACCCUGCAGGCACAAGGGGAGAAAGCCUCCCUUUACGUGAUCCGUUUAGAGGUGCAGCUCCAGAAUGCUAUUCAGGCAGGGAUCAUAGCUCAGAAAGAUGCAAACCAGAGUCGCCUGCACCAGCUCCUUUUAGGGGCUGAGCUGAAUGGGGACCUGCGCUUCAGGCUGAAGAAUCUUCUCAGGAUGUAUGCAAAUGAGCAGGAGCGUCUCCCCAGUUUCCUGGAGUUAAUCAGAAUGAUAAGGGAGGAAGAGGAUUGGGAUGACACUUUUAUUAAACGGAAGCGGGCCAAGAGAUCUGAGUCAAUGGUGGAGAGGGCAACUAGCCCAGUGGCAUUUGGGGGCUCCCGACCCAUAGUGAUCGGUAAUGCCGACUGCAAUGUGAUAGAGAUAGAUGACACCCCCGAUGAUGACUCAGAUGAGGAUGUGAUCCUGGUGGAGUCUCAGGACCCUCCACUUUCAUUCUCGAGUUCUCCUCUCCCCAGACGCAGGGCCAGACCUCGGAAUCAAGUGCUAGUCAUUGAUUCCCCCAACAAUUCCAGGGCUCAAUCUCCUUGUACCAGCGGGGGUUCUGGGUAUAAGAAUGAUGGUCCUGGGGAUAUGCGUAGAACCAGGAAGCGAAAAUACACAAUCCGCUGUUUGUACUGUGGAGAGGAGGGCCACUCAAAGGAAACCUGUGACAAUGAGAGCAACAAGGCCCAGAUGUUUGAGAACCUGAUUAUCACCCUGCAGGAGCUGACACAUACCGAGGAGGAGGGGUCAAGAGAGGCCCCUGGCCAACCCAGUGACCCUUCUGAGCCACAGUGAGGUGCUAGCCCCCAGCUUUAAAUGAACCCUAACCUAUAUACAGAGUCUAGCAAUGGGAAAAAUGGCGGGUGGUGGUUCUAAUUCCAUGAAUGAAUCCACAAGGUGGCUUUCUUUCGGGGUGGAAGACAAAGGGUCUUGAAUAUUAGCACAGUGGAGGGAGAUGGCCUGACCUCCGUCCUUGCGUCCAAUCCCCUGCUGCCCAAGGGUCUACCUUCUGUGUGUGCCCCUUUCCUUGAUGGCUUUAUUCUCUUUGUGAAACUGGUAUAAUUCAUUGUUAAAUAUUAAAACAAUAAAGGGAAGUACAAAAAGUACAAGUAACCCCAAACCCUCCAAGCCUUACAUAACCAUUGUCAACCCCGUGAUGAAUGUCCUUCUAGAUAGUUCCCUAUACCUAUGUACCCAGAUAGAUAUAUGUAUAGAAAAAAGUGAUCAAAUAUAA